GAAGAUCAAUAAGCGAGAGUGGAUGUCGUUGAUUCCGCAGGAGACCCAAAAGAUAGAGAAUCUCUGUAUAAAAGUGAAUUCUCUCACGCGAUUGAGGCUCAGUUGAUGUGUGAAAAGUGUCUGGGCAGCAUCGCGCCAUCUCAAGUUCUCCAGUGUUGGCGGGAAAACUGUGCGCAAAUCGGAAGCAGGAAGUGAGAGAUGGUCAGGGUUGCCCAUGUGAUCUUCGCAGUGCUCCUUGUGGGCAGUGGCGAGACGAGAGUGUACGAUCGCUGUGAAUUGGCGCUGGAGCUGCGCCACAGGCACGAGAUUGCCAGUGAUGCGGAAGUGGCGACGUGGGUGUGCAUCGCCCAGCACCAGUCCUCUCUCAAUACGGCCGCCGUGGGGCGCCAGGCGGACGGCCGGGGGUACCACGGGCUGCUACAGAUCAGCGACGAGUUCUGGUGCUCGCCAUUCAGCCAGGGCAAGGCGUGCGGGAUGCAGUGCUCACGCUUCAUGGAUGACGACAUCACGGACGAUCUGCACUGCUCGCGGAUCAUCCAGGAGGAGCACCAGCGCCUGUCGGGAGACGGCUUCAAUGCGUGGACAGUGUACAAGAGUCACUGCAGCGCCGGAAGAGCGCUUCCCUACAUUCACGGAUGCUUCGACAACUACAUCGCUCACGAGGAUUACUCCAGUGUGCCAACAGUCACGCGUCCUGCGUACACACCGAGUGAAGUGUUCCGGCCGCGGAAGAUCAAGUCGCGCGCCAAAAUCUACGAUCGCUGCGAAUUGGCGCAAGAACUCGUCUAUCGGCAUCAUAUCCCAAUUGAGGAAGUGGCGACGUGGGUGUGCAUCGCGCAGCACGAGUCCAACUUCAACACUUCCGCCGUGGGUCAUUUGAACGCCGAUGGAAGCGGUGAUCACGGUCUGUUUCAGAUCAGCGACAUUUACUGGUGCUCGCCGCCUGGCAAGGGCUGGGUUUGUGGCCUGUCGUGUGCCCAGCUCGAGGAUGACGACAUCAGUGACGACGUUAAGUGCAUGAGGAAGAUCUAUGCUGAGCACCAGCGAUUGUCUGGCGAUGGAUUCAACGCGUGGGCAGUGUACAGACCGCACUGCAGCGGCAGAGCCUCGAAGUACAUCGAGGGCUGCUUCACGGAGGACGAGGACCAGGAGAAUAUCAUUCAGCCAGUGCCGGGAAUUGUAGCUCCUGUCCAGCCACCCAAAUUCACAGCCACACCGGCGGUGCGAAGGCGGGGAAAGAUCUACGAUCGCUGCGAAUUGGCGCACGAGUUGCUCCACAUUCACGCCAUGCCCAGGCAUCAGAUCGCCACGUGGGUGUGCAUCGCGCAGCACGAGUCGAGUUUCAACACGGCCGCAGUGGGGCGUCUGAAUGGCGAUGGCAGCGCCGAUCACGGGCUGUUCCAGAUCAGCGAUCUCUACUGGUGCUCGCCGCCCGGCAACGGUCUCGGCUGUGGCAUCAAUUGCGAUCUCCUGGAGGACGAUGACAUUACAGACGACGUGGAGUGUGUCAAGCGGAUACACAAGGAGCACACAAGGAUAUCUGGGAACGGUUUCACAGCCUGGACUGUGUACAAUCGCGACUGCUUAGGCAAUGUUGAGAAAUACAUCGAAGGAUGCUUCCCAGAAGACACAAUUCCAACCACAACAGCAACAGAGAAGAUAACAACGAAGAAGUUUGCAACGGAGAAAUUAACGACUAAAAAAGUGUUUCAAUUCAGCUUCGGCGAGAGCGUCACAAGGAAAGAGAUUCCUAGUACAGAACCUCCCAAGACGCGAAGGACAUUCGCGUACAGAUUCGGUGAUAAAGUCGAUAGAGAAUCAACAACUACUGCAAUUCCUAAAGCAGAUGUUACUAUUGCCAGCUUUCUUAGCCCAGAAACCACAACUUCUAGGGUUUUCUCUUUUAGUUUCACCGAUAGAACAUCAACCACCGAAGCUCCGACAAAAGAAUAUGCAGUGAAGAAAACGCAGCCAUUUAACAUCUUUGAUUUCUACCUCAAUUACUUCAAAGCCAAUCGCAAGACCACAAAAAAGCCCACAACUGAAGCCAUGACAGAAGCGACCACGGAAAUUCCCGCAGAAACUACAACCACGCGAAAGCCCAGCGUCUUCGACAUCUACCUUCGAAGGACCACAGCAUCGCCCAAGAGGACGACUUUCUUCGCCAACUCACUGCCAACAGUGAAGCCCUUCGAGCUGGACUACAUCAAGGCGCUCACGACGCCCAAGAACAUCAUCUCGAGAUCAGCUCAAGAUCCGCCGUCCACCAAAUCGCCGCAGCGCAAUCACUUCGACAGCAUCUUCGACACAUUCUUCCACGGAUAGAAGCGCGGUCGGCCGCAAGAAUGCCGGACGCGUGCUGGCGUCGAAAAAAGCCGUGACGUCACAGCGACUAUGUUUUCAUAGUUAAUUAUGUUGGACAAGAAACCAAACAACUCCAGCGACACUUGUUGUCUGGGGGAUCAAGUGUAAACAGUGGACUUUUUGCGCCCAAGCGCGGGGCAAUUUAUCAAAGUCUCAAGUGGAUUGACCCUUGGGAUUUCUGCAUUUUUUGCACCAGCACACCUUCGCGCAGUAGCUCGUAUACGAUAAAGACAGAACUUGCCGGCAUUAUGUGUUCUCCCGUGAGUGGCUCCCAAUGAGGCGCGGUGCGAUUAAGUGGACAGAAGAGACUUAAUUUAUGAGAGCUGUGUGAGAGACGAAUUAAACACGAAUAAAAGACUUG